GCUUCCGGGAAGUUCAGCCAAGACUUUGAUGAGUUUUUAGAUGCUGGCAUUGAGAUGGCCGGACACACUCAGUCCAAAGAUGACCAGAUCCAGGUGAUUGGCAACCUGAAGAACAUCUCUAUGGCAUCCAGUAAGCUGCUAUUGGCUGCCAAGUCCCUCUCUGUAGAUCCAGGGGCGGCAAACGCCAAGAACCUCCUCGCAGCUGCGGCACGAGCGGUCACAGAGAGCAUUAAUCAACUCAUCACACUGUGUACCCAGCAGGCACCAGGACAAAAAGAGUGUGACAAUGCUCUACGAGAACUUGAGGCUGUUCGAGGAAUGUUGGACAAUCCCAAUGAGCCGGUCAGCGAUCUCUCUUAUUUUGACUGCAUUGAGAGCGUUAUGGAGAAUUCCAAGGUUCUCGGGGAAUCCAUGGCUGGAAUCUCACAGCACUGUAAGACGGGAAACGUGCCAGCAUUUGGGGAUUGCGUGGGUGUGGCAUCCAAAGCGCUGUGUGGGCUGACUGAGGCAGCGGGACAGGCGAGUUUUCAGCCUGAUAGUGUCUGA